AUGGGUGUUGGCCAGACAUUUGAUGAUGCAAUUGUAUUCAGAAAAGCACUAUAUAAAUACAGCCUUGCUCAUAGGUUUGGUUACAUAUUUGUGAGAAAUAACCCUAAGAAGAUGAUUGUCAAAUGCAAUAUUGAUGGUUGUAAAUGGAAGAUAUCAGCUUAUGCUCUUGGGAAGACAACCUCUAUAUUGUGUGUGAAAAAAUUCCACAAUGAACACAUGCACUCUGCACAAGACAACCUCUUAUUAAAGCAAAAGGCUAACUCAAGAUUGACAUCAUCAAUCAUCAUUGAUGCUGUGAGGGGGAAUGUGGAGAAAACUUCAAAUGAGAUUAGACAAGACCUCUACAAAGAGUAUGGGUUAAAUCUCACAUAUCGACAAGCUUUGAGGGGAAAAGAUAGAGCAUUGGAGGAAAUACAUGGGCUUCCACAACAGUCAUACAUGUUGAUUCCAUGGCUUUGUGAGAAAUUAAAGGAGACGGACCUAGACACAGUUGUAAAGUGGGUGCCUCGACAAAUUAUAGAUUUGAUAGACUUUUUAUUGCAUAUGGAUGCUGCAUCAAAGGGUUUCUCUAAGGGAAUUUUACUAUUAGCUUCUGCAAUUGAUGCAAAUAAUGACUUAUUUCCUUUGGCUUAUGCAAUAGUGGGUGGAGAAACAUAUGAUAAUUGGGCUUGGUUUCUUGAAAAUGUGAAAGAGAUCACACACCAAGUUCAAUUGACCAUUGUGUCAGAUAGGCAUAAUGCUAUUGUUGGUGCAAUGCGUGCAAUAUUUGAUGGCAAUCGACAUGCUUUUUGUUAUCGUCAUGUCAAAGAAAAUUACAGCUCAGAAUUUACAAAAAUUAAUAGAGGUAUACGAAGGAUUGAUGGGAUGACCAAGGAAGAUGCACUUAAGUUGUUGGAUAAUAUUGCAUAUGCAAGGUUGGAAAAAGAAUUUCAUGUUGUUAUGGGUCAUUUGAUAUUUUUCUCCCCACAGUUGGCAAGAUGGUUAGAAAUAAAUGAGGACAUAAAUUGUUGGGCGUUAGCAAGAUUUCCAUACAAAAGAUGGGAUAAUAUAACAUCAAACCAUGCUGAAUCUUUUAAUGCUUGGUUAGUGAAAGAGAGAAAACAUCAUAUAUGUGCGUUGAUAAAUAAGCAUCGAGCAAAAUUAGCGAGGAAGCUAUACAAUAGCAAAAUAGAAAUGGCGAAUUGGUCAAACGGAGUUGGAUCAUGUGUUGAGGCAAAAUUGAGGGAGAAUGCAUUGAGAGCUGAAGUUAUGGUGGCUGAACAUUAUAGUGUGAAUAUGAUAUUAGUGAAGGUAGGAAACAAUGACUUGAGAGUGAAUCUAACAUUGCGAGAAUGCUCUUGUCAAGAAUGGCAAAUGGUAGGAAUUCUUUGUGCACAUGCAUGUGCAGCAAUAAAAUUAGUUCAGGGUAAUGUGUAUUCAUAUGUUGAAGAAUGCUACACUAUUCGUGCACAAGAAAAAAUUUACAGCUCCACAAUGAUUCCGAUGGAAACCAUUGACAUGCCUCAGUUGACCGAGUUACAUUAUGAAGAUUAUGAAAAGAAUAUCUUUUUGGAACCACCACUGACUACACGUCCCCCAGGGCAACCACCUACCAAGCGAAGAGAGUCACAGUUUCAGAAUAAAAAAGUGUAUUAUUGCUCAAGAUGUAAUCAAGCUGGACAUACCAAGAAUAGAUGUAGGAAUCCCAAUCCAAUGUAG